GUUACGUCAUCAGCAUGUAACUUUAUUUCUGGGACACGUGGCUACAUGUGAGGAAAACCCCCCUGCUAGUUUAGAGCGUGUGUGGUUGCAUUCACAUUUGCAAUUUUAUUAAGAGUGCAUAUUUUAAAAUGAAGUACAAUAGUUCAAAUACGAAUAUGCAUGAAAGAUUCAAUACAAUACGACAAAUAAUGUAUACAGAAAAACAGUAAAUGCCACAUCAACAGGGGAAAACGCUAGCAUACACGUUGCAGGAUUUCAACGAGGAAGAAGCGACGUGUUUUGUACGCUGCUGUUUGUAAAUACAGCAUUCAGCUGAUAAAAACCGGGAGUCGUUUUUAACUUAGCUGGUUGAAUCCCACUAUGAGUUUCGAUUUCGAGCCGGAGGAGAGCGAUCUUUUCCGGAUAGAAGAUGCGUUGUUUGCCGAUACAUUCUCCAGGGAGAACCGAUAUCGCUUCAGCGGGCAGGAGUUGAAAAUAACCCAGACUUUCAGCUCUAACCUCGGCGUCGCCGCUCCAGUAUGGGAAGCUGCUGUCAGUCUGUGCCAGUAUUUCGAGGAGAAGAAGUUUGAUUUUACUGGGAAGCGGGUGCUUGAACUGGGGGCUGGGACUGGCAUAGUGGGGAUCCUGGUGGCUCUGCUGGGGGGGGAUGUGACCAUCACAGAUCUCCCCCACGCUCUGAAACAGAUCCAGCUCAACGUCUCUUCCAACAUGCCUGCUGGCUGCCGAAACUUCCCCAGGGUCCGAGCCCUUGCCUGGGGGAAAGAUCAUCACAACUUCCCCUCGGAUUACGACCUGGUCCUGGGAGCAGACAUCGUGUACCUGCAGGACACCUACCCUGCGCUCCUCCGCACCCUGGAUCACCUGUGCGGGGAGGGGACAACCGUCUACCUCUCCUCCAAAAUGCGACGGGAGCACGGGGCGGUGGUCUUCUACGAGGAGCAGCUGCCUCGCUACCUGGAGGCAGAGCUUGUGCACAGAAACGACUGCGAAAACAUCAGCAUCUUCAGAAGCACGAAGAAAACGCACGCUCCUUUCAGGGAAGCGAAGGAAAGAUAAACUCACACUCGCUCUAGCGAACACCUGCUGUCUCCUGGACAGUCACUUCCUGCGCUGUAGGUCACAAGGGUUGAUUGCGUCUUGGAAAAGCUUGUCCUAAAGAUCACAUUCCGUUUUAUAAAUGUAAUUCCCUGACGCUGUCCUUCCCUCAUGUUUACACCUGUUCAUUCCAUACUGAGGCCAAAAACUAACAGUACUUGGUUGUAAAUGGGAGGGAAGGACAGGCAAUUCUGAGUUUCUGCACACCCCACUCUGUAUAGGGUGGGUCUAACGUUAGGCACUGUCAGACGUACAUUGACACAGGGAAUGCCUUCGUAUUUUGCUAGAGGCCCAGUAAAUAUUUGAAACGUUCCCAUUUUGUCUUAAUCGCCUUAGAUUUUGUUGAGCCGACCGUGUUGAUUGUAAAGGCAUCAGCCAUCUCAAGGGACCAGUUUUUAAACAGGUUCUUUAUCACCAUGGAUCUCUGUUUGAAGACCAUCUGUGCAUUGACAGAGCGUUGCAGUUAACCAAAUAAUAAUAUUUUGAGAAAAUUGUAUCUAGUAUACCGCAAGUGCCAGUGUUUUAAAAAGCGUCUGUUUUAUUCAGAGCCGGUAUCUCAUUUUAACUGUUGUGCUUAAUCUGUAUUUGGAAUAAAACUGUUUUGUUUUUAGUUA